AUGUUGGAUUUGAAAUCUCGAUUAACAGAUUUUAACAUUUUAAGAAUGCACAAAUACCAUGAUGUGUUAAAGCGUCUUCUUUACAAGUGCUGUAUUUAUUAUAAGUUUCCCAUUAUUCCUCCAUACAAUGUCAGACAUGUCAACAUUUUCUUUUCGCUUCUGCUGCUAUUUUUACAACCACAGUCAAAAACGUUUCGAUCUCUGAGCCCACCCAAACAAGAACUCAUUGGAAAGCAAAAAUACUACUUCGAAAUGUUAUACUCUAACUGGAAAUACUCAAUCCCAUCUUGGAAACGUCGUGACCCAAGAAAGUUAACCACAGUUACUUUUCUGCAAGCCACAAUUCUUAAAGCAAAUUGGAUCAUUUUCUAUUUUAUGGAAUUACAGCACGUAUCAAGUUACUACAACUUAAUAGAGUAA